AUGGUGUCCAACCCCGUUCAUGGCCUGCCCUUUCUCCCGGGCACAUCCUUUAUUGACCCUACGAAAACAGCUUUCCAUAGAAGUCAGACGCUGAGCUACAGGAAUGGCUUUGCAGUUAUUCGUCGUCCAACAGUUGGGAUUGGCGGGCAACGGCUGCAGGUCAACCAGCUGUCCCAGGCUGAGCUCGAUGAGUUGGCUAACAAGAGACCAGCGCUAACUUACGGCCAACCUAAGCAGGCCCCACCUGCUGAUUUUAUUCCGGCACAUGUGGCUUUUGAUAAAAAGGUGCUGAAAUUUGAUGCCUAUUUUCAAGAAGAUGUCCCUAUGUCAACUGACGAGCAUUAUAGGAUCCGUCAAGUGAACAUUUACUAUUAUCUAGAAGAUGAUAGCAUGUCUGUGGUAGAGCCCAUUGUGGAAAAUUCCGGGAUCCUUCAAGGCAAGUUAAUCAAACGCCAGCGGCUAAGCAAGAAUGACCGAGGAGACCAUUACCAUUGGAAAGACCUAAAUCGGGGCAUAAACAUCACAGUUUAUGGCAAAACCUUCCGCAUUGUUGACUGUGACCAGUAUACACAGGUAUUUUUGGAAAGUCAAGGGAUUGAAUUAAAUCCCCCAGAGAAAAUGGCUCUUGAUCCUUACACUGAACUCCGGAAACAGCCUCUUCGUAAGUACAUCACCCCAUCGGACUUUGAUCAGCUCAAGCAGUUUCUCACCUUUGACAAACAAGUUCUCCGGUUCUAUGCACUCUGGGAUGAUACAGACAGCAUGUUUGGUGAAUGUCGGACCUAUAUCAUUCAUUACUAUCUUGUGGAUGAUACGGUGGAAGUCCGAGAGAUCCAUGAACGAAAUAAUGGGCGAGAUCCUUUCCCACUCCUGGUGAACCGCCAGCGCCUGCCCAAGGUUUUGGUGAAAAAUGCUGAGAACUUCCCUCAAUGUGUGCUGGAAAUAUCGGAUCAAGAAGUAUUGGAAUGGUAUACUGCCAAAGACUUUAUUGUUGGGAAAACACUCACUAUCCUUGGGAGAACAUUCUUCAUUUAUGACUGUGAUCCAUUUACUCGGAAGUAUUACAGAGAAAAGUUCGGAAUCACUGACUUACCAUGCAUUGAUGUGAGCAAGAAGGAACCACCUCCUAUAAAACAGGAAUUACCUCCCUAUAAUGGUUAUGGGCUAGUUGAGGAUUCUGCUCAGAAUUGCUUUGCUCUGAUCCCAAAAGCUCCGAGAAAAGAUGUUAUUAAAAUGCUGGUGAAUGAUAACAAGGUGCUUCGUUAUUUGGCUAUGAUGUACUCAGUCUUCAGCAAGCAAACUGAAGAGGAUCCAGGCACGAAGGAACUGGAAACAUUAAUAGACGCAAUCCAGAAGCAACUGAAAGACUAUUCAUGUAAAGACAAUAUUCAUGAAGCAUUUCAAGGUUGUGACAAGGAAGCUUCUGGAUAUGUGGACAGAGAGAUGUUCUUUAAAAUCUGUGAAUCUUUUAACAUCCCAGUUGAUGAUUCCUUGGUUAAGGAGUUAAUCAGGAUGUGCUCUCACGAAGAAGGCAAGAUUAAUUACUAUAACUUUGUUCGUGCUUUCUCAAACUGA